AUGGCUUCAAUUUUACCUGCUUCCAAUAGAUCCAUGAGAUCUAAUAGGAAUACUUACAUGGGAAAAAGUUUUGUUUGUGUUAAAAAUCCUUACCUAGUGUCCAUGGAUGAAGAUAUUCUCUAUCACUUGGACCUAGGAACAAAAUCACACAACCUGCCAGCAAUGUUUGCAGAUGUAAAGUGCAUUUUUGCUUUGUUAGGAAUAAGACAAAUGACCAUUUUGGUUCAGACAUUAAAUUGCUUUUGUAUUGGUGGAAGCCCCAACAGAAUGAAGGCAUUUGCACUGUUGAUGCAGCAGGAGCUUGGGUUGGAGGCAAGUGGAGAAGACGUGAAGGCCAUCUGUGCUGGGACAGACAGGUACUGCAUGUAUAAAGCCAGGCCUGUGCUCUCCAUCAGUCAUGGCAUGGGCAUCCCCUCUAUUUCCAUUAUGCUUCAUGAACGCAUCAAACUACUACACCAUGCACGGUGCUGUGAUGUUACCAUCAUUAGAAUCGGUACCUCAGGGGGUGCAGGGAUUAUGCCAGGCUCUGUUGUGAUAACAGACACUGCUGUGGACUCCUUCUUUAAGCCCCGAUUUGAACAGAUAGUUUUGGACAAGCUCGAUUGUACUGAACUUGACAAAGAACUAGUUGAAGAACUGUUCAACUGUAGCAAAGAAAUUCCCAACUUCCCAACCCUCACCGGGCACACAAUGUACACCUAUGAUUUUUAUGAGGGUCAAGGACGACUGGAUGGAGCACUGUGCUCCUUCUCCAGAGAAAAGAAGUUCGACUACUUGAAGAGAGCCUAUAAAGGUGGCGUUAGUAGCAUUGAAAUGGAAUCUACAGUGUUUGUAGCCAUGUGUGGCCACUGUGGGCUGAAAGCUGCUGUUGUGUGUAUGACGCUCCUUGACAGAUUGGACAGUGACCAGAUCAACUUGCCCCAUGACGUUCUGGUAGAGUACCAGCGACACCUUCAACUUCUCAUCUGCACAUUCGUUGAACAAUGGCUUGGACUAUGA